AUGAGGAGCAACAUUGAUAUCAUGAAUGGCUGUUUAUUUGAAGCUUCCAUAAACACCAAUCUUUUCACCCUCCCCUCCCACGAUUCUUUCCAUACAGAUGCUCCCUCCCGCAUUCGUUUAUUUCCUUCCAAUUAUACCAGGAUUUUUUUCCAGCUUCUGUUCCUCGCUCAAAUUUUCCUCACGAUCAAGGCCCCUGCCCUUCCUUAUCUACCCACAAAUCUCGUGCCCCUCUCCCAGGUCGGGUUCCGGAGCCGGGUCGUCGCCGUGGAGUACGUCGAUGCGGAGCCGGAGGGCGCGGCGGACCGGUGGGAGAGGUGGAACGGCAACGGCGAGGCCUUCGGCGACGGCUCGAGCGUGUGGCGCCUCACUAUGGGCCACCGCGGCGCCGGCGAGCAGGAGCCGGAGACGGAGGAGGUGCAUGAGUCCGACUUCCUGAUCCUCUGCAUCGGCAGUUUCAGCGGCGUACCCAACAUCCCAGCGGUGUCCCCAGGCCCGGAGGCGUUCCGCGGGCGGGUGCUCCACUGCAUGGAGCUCUCCCACAUGGCCGACGAGGACGCCGCCGCGCUGGUUAAGGGGAAGCGCAUCACCGUCGUGGGGUCCGGCAAGUCGGCCUUCGAGAUCGCCGCCGAGUGCGCCGAUGCCAAUGGCGCAGGAACGCCGUGCACGAUGCUGUGCCAGAACCCUCAUUGGCUGCUACCAUCGGGUACAUCUACAUGA